GACACACACACACACACACAGACACACACAGAGAGACAGAGAGUGAGCGGCGCUCCAGUACAGAAGAGAGCGACAACAUCCGGGACAGUGAGCUCGCGCAGGAGCGCAAUGGCGGCGGAGGCGAGCCGAGGGCCUUUGGACCUGGCCACCAAAGUUGCAGCUGAGUUGAGACGCUGAGGUAUCGCCAUGAGGACGCUCGGCCGAAGAAGUAGGAGUCUGAACCGGAGUUGAAGGAGAGGAUCUCCUCAUCCAAUGAAGAUGGCGGCCCAAUCCCAGACCGCCAGCGAGCUGCCCUUGGAGGACCUGCUAGCACUUUAUGGCUACACGGUGUCCGAUCCAGCCAAGCAGAACUGUCAUGUCGCCGCCACUCUGCCAGGCAUGACUCUGGACAAGAAGCAGAUAACCGAGGACCUUUUCCAAGGAGAAGAGGGAGUCGAGUCCUCCGCUGAUGACCUCACCCCUUCGGUCACCUCCACUACCUCUGAUCGGCUUCAUCACCUGCCUGCCGGCGACAAAGACACACCAGUCAGCUCAUGUGACGAGGAUUCGGACAAUGAAUCUCUUCCCUCCAAUGAAGAACACAAGGAGAUCAUGGUCGGUUCCAUGUACCAGGCAACAAUCCCUCCACUCUGUCCCUAUACUUACCAGGAAAUAGCGUACAACAGUGGGGACCAGUUGUUGUGGAGACCUGGGGCUCUGACGGCGCAGGAAGUGGAGGCGUUCUUGCUGAGCGCGCAGAGGCCGGGGGAAAUGUGCAAACAGAAGUGUAGCGGCACCGCCCGAGACAACGAGCAGGCGCUGUAUGAGCUGGUGAAAUGCAACUUCAACACAGACGAGGCACUGCGACGAUUGAGCUUCAAUGUGAAAGUGUUCAGUGAAGAGCUGUGCAGCUGGAGUGACGAGGAGUGCGGGAGUUUUGAGCAAGGCUACAAAGUUUACGGGAAAAACUUCCACCUCAUUCAAGCUAACAAGGUACGCACCCGCUCCGUGGGGGAGUGUGUGGAGUAUUACUACAUGUGGAAGAAGUCUGAGCGCCACGAGUUGUUCACUCAACAAGCCACCAGGAUCACCCGCAAGAAGUACUCCUUGCAGUUGGAGAGCGUGGAGGAAGGCGAGCAGGACGGGGAUGCUGGCGACGUGGAGGCCACCAAUCAUUCUGCCGCCUUGUUGUCCCGCAGCUCCGCAGUCUCCGGCAAGCUGGCGCCACCUUUACCGCCGCACUCCAGCCUGGAACUGGACAAACGAGAUGAAGACCUGCUGACGGGGCGCUGUGGCGAUGGACGCCCUCAGAAGCCGCCGGGCUGCCCCUCCCCCGUCCCCGCGCAUCAGAAGGACGUCCUCCCAGGCAACUGCUGCCCAACGGCUCCGGUCCGGCUCCGGUCCGGCUCCGGCGCACCUGCCAGGACCUUCUGACCUGCCGGGACCAUCGGCACCCUGUGGCCUUCUUCCAGUUCCACGUGAGUGACGGCCCUUUCAUCCCCGAGGAGGCGGCAGCGGGUGUGCCCGCCGACUCCUCCGUCGGCCGCGGGUGGGACUUUACCUGCUGCGGGCCUCCUCGCCCUCGCCUGCCGCCUUCUCGGCAUGCUCCGCCCCCCCCCGUCCACUCCGAGCACUUGGAAACAUCCCAAUGAAUCCGCUCUGAAAGCAAAAAGGACUUUGCAGCAAUAAGUGAGGAGCACACUUUAUUUGUCCUCCAUCCACGACCAGAUUAGCAUCAGGUCAAAGUCCUCGGGCCGCUGACUCGUGGCGUUUGGCUUCUUGCAGCACGCGCUCUUCACUUGCUCAGACCUCGCUGAAAAAGUCCCAAAGGAGCGUUCACAAAGGUGCAAUGUCUGGGACUAAUAUUCACUCUCGCUUUAGAGGGGAAUGGGAAUAUCUUUUUAUUUUUUUAAUGCAUUCUAAAUCGUAAAUCAACACUAGCAGAAGUCAGCUAACAAUAGAGCCAAAGGGAGUCGCCAUAGUCCGCCUAUAAAGCGCUCUAAAAACCUCCAAAAACCUCCAUUGUUGUUUUAUAUACACACUGAGUAUUUAUGUAACGUAGUAACAUUCAUAAUAACAUGUAAUGUUUACGUACUUUGCUCAUUUUAAGCAUACGGCGGCGCAUAAAUUUCACAGAAGCAUCCGCUUCUUGUAUUUUUGAGCCUGAAUAUAAGGAGGAUGAGCUACAAGUUUUAGAAGCUGAGUGCUAAGAUCCAGCUUUAGUGAAACACUAUAGCAUCAUGUAGCAGUAUUGCUAUGUGCUAAACAGGAAAUACAAACUACGAACAUAAUAAAACAAUCACUCACUGCACAAUGUCUGCUCUCAUUGGGAUGUCGACCGAUGGGAUGUUUGUAUCUUCCUGUUUAGUUAAAGAAUGAAUCUUUAUCAUCCAGAAUUAACUUUCACCAACUGAGAAGCGAUGCAGCAGCUCAGUAUGUCAACAAAGCAGCAUAAGCUAGUUAGCUCUCUCUGAUCACGGCGCCGCUAAAAAUAAUUUGUCUGCGUUAGCACUUAUAAUAACAAUAUGUAGUUAUAAUAACAAUAUGUAAUUAUAAUAACAAUUUGUAAUUAUAAUAACAAGAUGGCUAAUAAUUGGUUAGUAUUCAGGUCACGACAUGUAUUGUUGGCGCUUUUUGGAUGUUUUUUUAGAAGGCUUUAUGGGUGGAAUAGUGUUAGCCACCUCGUACUUGCCGUAUUUUACUAUUUAGAAUGCAUUCAAAAAAGAAAAGCAAGUGUUCUUGUCUUACAUAAUAUUGUGAAUGAUAAACAAAAUUCCCCCAAAAAAUCUCCCCUUUAAGAACACAAAAUAUGCAGACUUGAAUUAAAAACUGUUUGAGCACAUAUUAUUUGAAGUACAAUUAUGGAAGUUAAUUUGUGUCUUUGUUACCGAAGCUUUCUUUGGACACUGAAUUUUUAUGUAACUUCAUUUUUUCUGUUUGAAUUUUGUAAAUUUUGUAUUUUUUAUUUUUUUUUUACAUCAAACUAUGCUGACAAUUGGUGUUAGAUGUAAUAUUGUGAGCAAAAUGUAUGUUAAAAAAAUCGGUUUUUGUUUUAAAAUUCAGUGUGUAAAAAAAUUGCGUUUGUUAAAAUACAAUGUUUUAAAAUUCAGUGUCUACAAAAAUAAAAUGUAAAACAAUUCUAUAUAUAAAAAAAAAUUGAGUGUUUAAAAAUUCAGUUGGUUAAAAUUCACUUUAUGAAAAUUCAGUGCUUAAAAAAUUCAGCGUAAAAAAUGUAGUUUAGAAAUUCAGCGUAAAAAAAUUAGUGUUUCAAAAAUUCUGUUUGUUAAAAUAUACUGUUUAAAAAUUCGGUAUCUAAAAAAAAAUGAAGUGUAAACAAAUUUAACAUGAAAAAAUUUCAAUGUAUAACAAUUCAGUACUUAAAAAUUCAGCAUGAAAAAAUUGAGUGUUUAAAAAUUAUGUUUCUUAAAAUACGCUGUUUAAAAAUUCAGUGUCUAAAAAAAUUAAGUGUAAACAAAUUUAACAUUAAAAAAAAUUCAGUGUUUGAAAAUAAUGUUUCUUAAAAUACGCUGUUUAAAAAUUCAGUGUCUAAAAAAAUUAAGUGUAUACAAAUGUAACAAAACAAUUCAGUGUUUAAAAAUGCAGUGUAUGAAAAUUCAGCAUAAAAAAUGAUGUUUAAAAAUGAAGAAUGUUAAAAUGCACUGUUUAAAAAUUCAGUGUCUAAAAAAAUUAAGUGUAAACAAAUUUAACAUAAAAAAAAUUCAAUGUAUAACAAUUCAGUACUUAAAAAUUCAGCAUAAAAAAAUUGAGUGUUUAAAAAUUAUGUUUCUUAAAAUACACAUUUUAAAAAUUCAGUGUCUAAAAAAAUUAAGUGUAAACAAAUGUAACAUAAAACAAUUCAGUGUUUAAAAAUUCAGUGUAUGAAAAUUCAGCAUAAAAAAAUUAUGUUUAAAAAUGAAGAAUGUUAAAAUGCACUGUUUAAAAAUUCAGUGUCUAAAAAAAUUAAGUGUAGACAAAUUCAACAUAAAAAAAUUCAGUGCUUAAAAUUUCAGCAUAAAAAAAAUCAGUGUUUAAAAUUGAUGUUUGUUUAAAAAUCAGUGUCUAAAAUUUAAGUGUAUAAAAAAAUCAACAUAAAAAAUGUAGUGUUUAAAAAUUCCCUUUGUUAAAAUUCAGUGUUUAAAAUUUCAGCAUAAAAAAUUCUGUGUUUAAAAAGUCCCUUUGUUAAAAUGCAAUGUGUGAAAAAAAAUGUAUAUAACAAAUAUUUCUCCACUGAAUUCUUUUGCACUCAAUUUUUAUACACACUGACUCUGAGAGGGACAAGCGGUAGAAAAUGGAUGAAUUCAAAACACUGUAUUUUAACAAGUUGAAUAUUUAAGCACUGAAUUUUCACACACUGUAUUUUAACAAACAGAAUUUAUGAUGAAUGAAAUUGUCAAAAUAAUUUGAUUCAGUUCAAAAAUUCAAACGGAAUUCAGUGACAUAAAUUCAGCGUCUAAAGAAAGUUUUGCUAAUGAAGACACAAACCAACCUCCAUGUACAAACUCUAGUAAUGUUUAGGAUUAAAGCAGAUUAUAGUCCCAGGAUACACACAUGAUUCAUUUCAUUAUAACCUGGAAUGUCCCAAGAAUGAGUCUAUUCUAUACCCAUCUAGCCUAGAUUAUAGUCUGAGGGUUCAACUAGACUAGCUCAGGUUAUAGAGCCCAGGAUUUAUCUGCUCUACCCGAGUCUGAGUUUUACUUCAACUCUACAAAACUAUAAUGUUGAUGGGCAAAGAAAGGAUGACAAGUACAGACUAUUGCCAGAUAUCAAGUGGAUGAAAGCAGACUAAAUCAAGAGUGAGUCUGGAUAACUGUGGGCCACAUUGAAGUAACAGAGGCAGAAUAUACUCAGGAUUAAAGUGGACUAUAGAUCCAGACCAGUAAUACAUGUAUGUUGCAAUAAAGUGUCCAGACUACAAUAAUGGGAUUAGAACAUAGCUGGGAUGAAGUUAAUCAUGUCUUAGAUUUGACUCAUCCUAAAAAUGAAAUAUUUGGUUCAUGCAAAUAAAAGUACGACAUUUCAUUAGAUUUUUUUAACAUUGUGUCAUGUGAUGAUUUCAUAUUUACUUUGCAGAACAAACAUCAACUUGUUCAUCUUUUGUUGUUGUUGUUGUUACAAUCCAUAUUUGGCUUGUUGCUGCUGCUGCUGCUUGUGUAUUUGUCUUUUUCUGACCUUCCUUAUUCUCCUCUCAUCAAAACAAACUUUUCAGGGAACAGAAUGUUGCUUGUUUGUCCUUUUAAGUGUCAACUUUCUAUUUAUUUGUUGUUUUCCUGCUCUGUACUGUAGAAAUGUCAACUCUUUUAUGAAAGCAGAAUGGAUGUUUAUGUUUAAAAGAGGGCGGUUCCGGACAAAAGAGUUUUUUUUUCUUUUCUUUUUACUCUCACUCUUGGUCAUAUUGUACUGCUCCAAUUGUUUGUUGAUGAAUUAUUACGUUUUGUAAAAAUUAAAUAAAUAAA